UCUGGAACCGUCGAGUAACGGCUGCCGCUGCGUGCAGACCGCCCACGAGGCCGUGACCCUGCACGAGACCUCAUGAAUGUAACAGGACGCGACGCGUCGCGUCGCAAAUCGAUGAGGCGCUUCACCACUUCCACCACCACCAUCACUGUACACUACCUUCUCUUACUCGCGACACGACCUAGGCGCCCAAGUCGCCCACCUCACGUCUGUACAUCUUCACGACACCCUUCUCACGUCCUUCUCUCCCCGCGGCCGUCGAGACCCUAGCUGGUGCUAGAGACGCUACGGACAGGCUCCACGCGCUGCAACGACCCGCCAAGAUCUCCCGAGCCAUCUACACCCCCACCACACACUACCCAGCCUCCCUCAGCACGAUGGAUGCGAUCGCCUUCCCGUCUGCAGCGCAGACCCUCGUGAUCGAGCUCCUCGACAUGGUCAUGCUCACGUACCGGAACGACGGAGACGUAGCCACCACGCCCGCGGAAAUCCUCAAGCUUGCCCACGUCUGCCGUCACUGGCGCGACGUCGCACUCAGCCAGCCCCGCCUCUGGGCCCAGCUCGCCAUCACCCUUCGCCAGCUGGCGACGCCGCGCGACGCACAACAAGUGAUGCGCUGGUUCCGCCGCGCGUCCCCACACCAAGUCGAUCUUCAGAUCGGGGACCCGCAGGAUUCGUCCAACCUCGUCGUGGGCACCGUCGUCCCGCUCGUGCUGCUCCGGGUCACCGCCCAGCUGCGCGAGCUCCGCAUCUACUGCGAUCGGGACUGGUUCCAGCUGCUUGCGAGCCUUCCCGACGACGCAUUCCCUGCCCUGCAGCGUCUCCGCAUCGAGGCCUCCGACCAGACGCAGAACACGGCGCAGACAAUUACAUGGACGUGCCCGCGGCUCGAGCAGCUCUCCCUCUACAACAUCACGCGCAUCACGGCACGCGAUAGCCUCGCGGACAUCAUGCAUGCUCCGUGGGCGCAGAUGCAGGAGCUGGUCCUUACAGGCACUGAGGCCAAGUACAACGUUGGACCCGUCUUCUUCCAAUGCGUGCGCCUCCGCCGCGCCGAGCUCGUCCUGAACGGCGCGUUCUUCGACAACCCGGCGCGCAGACCCGCGGAGAUCGUGACGUUUCCCUUCUUGACCUCGCUCAGCGUCACGUUCGAGGUGUUCCCCGUGGAGCUCGCCACCUGCGCGCGCUUCCCUGCGCUGGACGUGCUCAGGCUCUAUGACGACGACUGGUGGAAUGCAGGGAACCCUUGGGGCGCUCUUUAUCUUCUCGCGGAGCAGUCAACCCAAGUGAAGGACCUCACGCUCACGUUCUUCGACCUGACGGGCGACGGACAGUCAGACCCUUGGCUGCUUUUUGAGCGCCUGCCGCAGUUGACGCGCCUGGUUCUGAGAGAGUGUUGUAUCUAUCCCCAGGAAGCCGGGUACAUGGCGACCACCGCGACGGACGGCAGUGUCCUUCUUCCGAAUCUCGAGGUCCUGCACUACGAGGACGUUUCUCUGGCCCCCGGCGGCGGCCUGGAAGACAACAUCGACCUCCUGAAUAUGGCAUACGGCAAUAUUCGGUCGUUCAUCGAGGACUAUGUCGUUUGUGGCCUGCUUCCGCUGAGGGAGUUCCACGCCAGCUGGAACGACGGGUUCUACGCUGAGAGCUCCAACACGGCUCAGGGCGCCCCCGCAGCUCAGGGCGCCAAGGUAGCUCCAAACGCCAGUGCAGUCCAGGGCGCAGCGCCGAUGGCGCUCGCGGAGGGACAGUCAGCCUACCCAGUGUGGGAGAUCAACAAGGACAUAUCGCGCUCUCUUAGGGAGCUACGAGUCCAGUUUGCGCCUGCGGUGGAUAUCUGGAUGCAAGGCUUGUAACUGCGAUACCA